CGCGCGCGCAUGCGCAGUGAUAAGUCCCUGCCCCGCAAGACAACCUUGGUUGGACUGUGCAACAGCAGCUUGUGAGGACAUGAGCGGGAACGUCGGUGUCGAGGUGCUGGUGGUGAGCGGAGCCAGCCCCCCCGCUGACGCCAACGCGCCCCUUGUAGCCAAUGAAAGCUCGGCGCCGAAGACACGCCCCCAGACCACUGCCUUUAUUCUCCCAGCCACCAGCUCCCCUCUAAGUCUGGAAGUGCGGAAUGGGGAACGGCCAAGAGUUGCCAUGGAGACGCCGAAGGUGGACGGAGCUGGGGAGCCGAUGACCUCCACUCUGACCCCUCAGGUGGGCGGUGCCUGCAGCGUGGUCCGUGUUUUGGAGUGGAAGGAGGGCGUCGCCGUGCUCCCAGGCAGCAACCUAAAGUUCCGGAUGAGUGACUUUGGCACUCUGCAGGUUGUGAGUGACAGGAAGGCCCCUGUCCUCGAGCCAAGCACAGAAGGGCCUGCUGGGAAGGAGGUGGAGACAGACAGAGUCCCAGGACAGAGCUCAGGAAAGCCGGUUGAACUCACUGAGGAAGACUCGACGGGGGGGAAUGUUGGUCUCUGUGCAGGCUGGAGCCCGGGCGGGGAGAAGGGGUGCGUGGAUGAGCUGCGGAGAGAACCGCUCACAGACAAGUCAGCAGGCCUGGAUAUUGCCACGGUGGCCCAGGUGUCUGUGUUGAACCCUGAAGAUCUGAAGCCAGUGAAGAAGAGGAAGAGGAAGGAGUACCUAAGCCAAUCGGAUGAGGAGUCAGAGAUGGAGUCUAUGGAGGAGAGGGGGGAGAGUCUGAAGGUGCUGGAAGUGAACCAGUCCGACUGUGGGCUGCUAGGGGACAGGAGACAUAACAGGACAGUCCCUGGGGAGGUGAAGAAGGAGGCGUGGACGUGGUCGUUGUAUCUGGAGGAACAGAAGGCCGUGGCUGCCCCUCUUAAGCUCUUCCAGGAGUGCCAGAGCAUCCCCCAGGCAAAGAACAGCUUCAGAGUGGGGAUGAAGUUAGAGGGGAUCGACCCCCAGCACCCCUCCAUGUACUUCGUCCUCACAGUGACUGAGGUGUGCGGGUAUCGGAUGCGGCUGCACUUUGACGGCUACUCCGAGUGCCAUGAUUUCUGGGUAAACGCCAACAGUCCGGACAUCCAUCCAGCCGGCUGGUGCGAGAAGACUGAGCACAAACUCUACACCCCAAAAGGUCAGAGGGCAGAGGGGUGUAAAGAAGAGGAGUUCUCCUGGGCCAGCUACCUGAGACUGACCAAGGCACAGGUGGCCCCACGGGAGCUGUUUGCCAGUCCAGGCGGGACGGAGACCCCCUGCAGUUUUCAGGUGGGGAUGAAGCUGGAGGCUGUCGACCGCAUGAACCCCUCCCUCAUCUGCGUCGCCACGGUGACCGAUGUGGUGGACAAACGCUUCCUGGUUCACUUCGACAACUGGGAUGACACUUACGACUACUGGUGUGAUGAGACCAGUCCAUACAUCCACCCUGUUGGCUGGUGCCAGGAACGGGGACGUCCCCUCACCCCACCGCAAGAUUACCCAGAUCCCGAUAACUUUUCCUGGGAGAAGUACCUGAAGGAUACUGGCUCUACCGCUGUCCCAGCGCAUUGUUUCAAAAUGCGCCCUCAGCAUGGGUUCCAGGUCAACCUGAAGCUGGAGGUCAUGGACAAGCGCAACCCCUCCCUCAUUCGCGUGGCCACCGUGGAAGACAUUGACGAGUACAGGAUUAAGAUCCACUUCGACGGCUGGAACCACAUGUACGAUUACUGGAUUGACUCGGACAGCCCCGACAUCCACCCUGCAGGCUGGUGUGAGAGAACUGGGCACCCCCUGAAAACGCCCCUCCGUGAGUCAAAUACACAGCAACCCGGCCCCCGGGACACCUUGGCGUCGGGACAAGGUGGCUGCGCCUCUCUCGCCUGUAAAGGGAUCAGCCAUUCCCGAGCCAAGUACAGCUUCAACCACAGAAAGUGCCCCACCCCGGGCUGUGACGGCUCUGGUCAUGUGACCGGGCGCUUCACGGCACACCACUGCCUAUCGGGCUGCCCGCUGGCGGAGCGGAACCAGGGCCGGCUCAAGACUGAGCUCUCUGACACCGAGGGCCCCGGGGCCAAGCGUAACCUGCUCGUCUUCGGCCAGCGCAGCAAGACGUCCCGGCACCACGGCAGGAUAGGCCGUCCGCCCAAGUGCAGGAAGAGCCAGCAGAGAGCCUAUCAGAGUAUGUCAGCGGAGGUCAUGCACCCAUCCCUCUUCAUGUCUGCCCUGUCUGCGCACCCCGACCGCACCCUCUCACUCUGCUGGGAGCAGCACUGCAAGCUGCUGCCCGGGGUGGCUGGCAUCCACGCCAGCAACGUGGCAACCUGGAGCGUGGAGGAGGUUUCCAGUUUUGUCCAGAAUCUCACUGGUUGUCACGAGCAAGCCCGGGUUUUCAAAGAUGAGAUGAUCGACGGCGAGGCGUUCCUCUUGCUGACACAGACAGACAUUGUGAAGAUCAUGAGCAUCAAGCUGGGCCCGGCUCUCAAGAUCUACAACGCCAUUCUGGUGUUCAAGAGCACGGACGACAGCCUUAAGUGAUGCCCUCCCCCAGCUCUCCCAACACACCCCCCUCCACCCGCAGGCUUUUCUAUGUGUGCCAAUCUGCAGAAGCAUCCCUGUAAAUAUGCUUUCAACGAGCACACCCCUCAGAGAGGUGCAAGGGGGUCCUGUAUGUGCCAAUGCUUUCAAAUUAGUUCCAGAAGCCAGUGUCGUUACUGUCUGUACAGAUCAGAAACAGUGAUGAAAGAAUGCUGACCGACACAUGCUACCCUUUUUGUAGCAUUCCUAAUACAGAACUUCCCAUGAAACUCAAACAGUGUUCUGUUUACAAUAAACUCAACACAUUUAGAAUUCCAUGGAUUCUUGCUUGUUAAACUGUGAUCUCCCUAUUGCUUUAGUGUCUACUGGACAAUAAUUAUUAUUGUUUCCAUAUUUUCAUAUAGAUAGCCUGGGUCCUGUUAAUCAAAGCUGUCAGUGCAACUCCUACUUUUGUGAGAAAAACGUGUUUGAACUUUGAUAACUCAACAUGACCAGUAAUUGCACAGACAGCUUCAUUUUAUUCUAAACCAAUUUCAAUGACUCGUUUUUCAAAAUGGUUAUGAGCAAGGAUGCAGCGCUGUGUAAUGUGCAUUGUAAAUAUAACACCAUUUUUUGGAGGUCACAGUGAUGUGUACAACAUUUGUGAGCCUACCUAACUAAUGCAUUACCACAGCUGGCCACCAGAGGGCGGUGUCAUUGGGAAACUUGCUUGCAAUGACACUGAUGGGUAUGGUCUGCCAUGUAGAUAAGUAGUCGGUCAGUCAGUCUUUCAAGCCAUCAUACAAUAAAUGUUCUGAAUGUGACUGCUCUGCUCGCCUGUAUUUUUUAUUAAAUCACUACUGUCUUUUCAGAAA